AUGUUCGCUCUAGCCCUUCUCACUACUUUGUUGCUUGUCACUGGCGGUGUAGAUACUUUCAAUGUGAUGAGCUAUGCCAACGUUCAAUAUACUAUACUUUAUCAUCAGUAUCUGGACAUAUCGUUCAAAACGUAUCCUUUUAUGGGAUAUCCUUUACAAUCAGACUGGAUAUCUAUUCCACCUCUGUACAGCUUUACUAAUGGAUUUUUCUCGGGAAUAUUUUGGAAUCUAUUAGAAGUCAAUGCGACACAUAAUAUUUUGAAAAUGGCCACGGAUUUAAUGUUGCCCUUAGCUCCGGUGGCGAACAUGACUAAUACACACGAUGUUGGCUUUGUAAUCAUGUCUAGUUUCGGGCAUGCAUAUCAACUAUUAAAAAUACCUGAAUAUUUACAGAUUGUUGUUACAACAGCCAAUUCUUUAUCGACGCGAUAUUCACCAAUUGUUCGAUGCACACGAUCUUGGGAUAGUUCACAAGGGUUUCUCGUCAUUAUUGACAAUAUGAUGAACCUAGAAUUAUUAUUCGAAGCUAGUAAUCGAACAAAUAAUCAAACAUGGCAUGAUAUGGCAUGGCAACAUGCUAAUCGAACGAUGCACGAACAUUUCAGAGCGGAUAAUAGUACUUACCAUGUGGUAGAAUACAAUGAAACAGAUGGAAGUGUCAUUCGAAAAUAUACAGCACAAGGUUAUGCUGAUUGGUCAACCUGGUCGCGAGGACAAGCAUGGGCUGUCGCCGGAUUUACUAUAGCUUAUCGUUAUACAAAACAUCAACCGUUUCUUGAUAAAGCUAUUGGUGCCGCGAAUUAUUUUCUUUCGCAUCUUCCAAGUGAAAAAGAUGUAAUACCAUAUUGGGAUUUUGAUGCUCCUCACAAUUCUACUAUUCCCUACCAACCGCGAGAUACGUCAGCUGCUGCGAUAUUUGCCAGUGGUCUGGUUGAAUUAUCUCAAUAUGUCGGCGUACAAGAACUCAGAGAUCGUUUUCUAACAAAAGCUAAAGCUAUCGUAGAUCAACUAAUCAGUCCGACAUAUUUAAUACUGGGAAAUAAAGAUUAUAUUUUACGUGCAGUUAUUGCUAAUGGUACCCAAGGACCUUAUCCGUCACAUCCUUAUGAUGUUGCAACGGUCUUUGGUGAUUAUUAUUUAACACAAGCUGUUUUACGUUUAUCUAAACUCUAA